AGCCAUUAUUUUUCGAGUUUCAUCCGCAGCCACAGUGCAAAAUAGGUUUAUCAAUUUAAUUUAAGUGUUAAAGUAGUUGUAAAGUGUUUUUUAAGUUGCGCACGCGAUCGCGGCCACCCCGCAUGGAUGCGAAUUCUAUGGUGCAUGUGCCCGCCGAUCGAUUGGAGUUAAAAGCAUUCAGUUGAUGUGAUUUUCCCGUGACAUUUUUUCUCCUUUGCGUACAAAAAUCGUUUUGGGAACGCAAGAAGGUGAAGCUGCGGUCGCUGGUCUAAUCGGGAGUCCUAAAGGUUACUGCUCCAAACAUGCAGCACAACGUUCAUGCCGCCCGGCCAGCGCCCCACAUUCGAGCUGCCCACCAUCACAGCCACAGUCACAGCCACGCCCACAUGCAUCUGCACCCCGGCAUGGAGCAGCACCUGGCCCCCAGUCUGCAGCAGCAGCCGCCGCAGCAGCCUCCACAUCGCGACCAUCUCCAUGCACGUCUGAAUCAUCACCAUCUUCACGCUCAGCAGCAACAGCAGUCGCCGUCGAACCAAGCCGCCGCCGCCGCCGCCGUCGCUGCGGCUGGGGCUGCCUAUCACCACGGCAACAUCAACAGCAACAGCAGCAGCAACAUUGCCAGCAACAGCAACCAGAUGCAGAAGAUUCGCCAGCAGCAUCAACACUUAAGCAAUAGCAACGGCCUACUUGGUAACCAGCCUCCGGGUCCGCCGCCACAGGCCUACAAUCCGGCUGCUCUUGCCUACAACCAGCUGCCCCCGCAUCCGCCGCAUCACAUGGCCGCCCAUCUGGGCAGCUAUGCCGCUCCACCGCCCCACUAUUAUAUGAGCCAGGCGAAGCCCUCGAAGUACAAUCACUACGGCAGCAAUGCCAACAGCAACAACUCAAGCAAUAACAACAGCAGCAACUAUGCCCCCAAGGCCAUUCUGCAGAAUACGUAUAGGAAUCAGAAAGUGGUGGUUCCGGCAGCGGUGCAAGAAGUCACCACGGUGGCAGAACCGCCAGCCUCAACCACCUCCUCCUCCUCCUCCACCAACAAUAACACCACCAGCAACAAUACAGUCAAUUCAAGCGAGUCUGUUAGCCAAGAGGAAUCUUCUCAGGAACAGGAGUCCACAGAGGAGCCAGCACCUUCGGCGGACGACUGCAGCAGUACGGAGCACAUCGAUGCCUCGGGCACACUGCCCAACGAGGACAUUAGCAACUCAGGACGCGGUGGCAAGGACAAGACCCCCAUGUGCCUGGUCAAUGAGCUGGCCAGGUAUAACAAGAUCACGCAUCAAUAUCGGUUGACUGGCGAACGAGGACCUGCCCACUGUAAGACUUUCACGGUUACCCUGAUGCUGGGCGAUGAGGAGUACUCGGCGGAUGGUUUCAAGAUCAAGAAGGCGCAGCAUUUGGCCGCCAGCAAGGCCAUCGAGGAUACGACGUACAAGCAUCCGCCGCCGAAGAUUCGGCGCAGCGAAGAGGGCGGCCCUAUGCGCACCCACAUUACGCCGACGGUGGAGCUGAAUGCUCUGGCCAUGAAGUUGGGACAGCGCACCUUCUACCUGCUGGACCCCACACAGAUUCCUCCCGCGGAUCCCAUGGUGCCGCCGGAGUUUGGAGGAGGUCAUUUGCUUACUGCCCCAGGACCUGGCAUGCCGCCACAACCGCCGCCACCGCCUUAUGCCCUGCGGCAGAGACUUGGCAAUGGAUUUGUGCCCAUUCCAACUCCGCCGAUGCAUCCGCAUUUCUUUCAUGGGCCUGGCCAGCGACAGUUUCCUCCGAAGUUCCCUUCGCGCUUUGCGCUGCCACCGCCUCUCGGACCUCAUGUGCAUCACGGACCGAAUGGUCCCUUUCCACCUGUGCCAACGCCGCCCAGCAAAAUCACUCUGUUCGUAGGAAAACAGAAAUUUGUGGGUAUCGGACGCACAUUGCAACAGGCCAAACAUGAUGCGGCGGCCAGGGCGUUGCAAGUGCUCAAGACACAGGCCAUUUGCGCUUCCGAGGAGGCACUCGAGGAUUCGAUGGAUGAGGGCGACAAGAAGUCACCAAUCUCGCAGGUGCACGAGAUCGGUAUCAAGCGCAACAUGACCGUGCAUUUCAAGGUGCUACGCGAGGAGGGGCCGGCGCACAUGAAGAACUUCAUCACGGCCUGCGUUGUGGGCUCCAUUGUUACCGAGGGUGAGGGCAAUGGGAAGAAGGUCUCCAAGAAGCGGGCUGCUGAGAAGAUGCUCAUUGAGUUACAAAAGCUGCCGCCACUCACGCCCACCAAACAGACGCCCCUGAAGAGGAUUAAGGUAAAGACUCCUGGCAAACCAGGGGCAACGCCACGAGAUGGAUCUGUUGUGCCGUGCGGCGAAGGUGCCUUGCAAAUGGGCAAGCCGGAGAGACGCAAGCGCCUCAAUCCGCCAAAGGACAAGCUGGUGGAUCUGGACGAUUCGGAUAACCCUAUCACAAAGUUAAUUCAACUGCAGCAGACGCGCAAGGAAAAGGAGCCCAUCUUUGAGCUGAUAGCCAAGAAUGGUAAUGAAACCGCUCGGCGAAGGGAGUUCGUUAUGGAGGUCUCUGCCAGCGGAAGCACAGCCCGUGGAACAGGCAACAGCAAGAAGCUGGCCAAGCGUAAUGCGGCGCAGGCUCUUUACGAAUUGCUGGAAGCUGUUGAGUUCACCCCCAGCAACGAAACCCAGUCUUCGGAAGAAGGCAGCACUUCAGCAACCAUGUCUGCAGUCACAGCGCCCGCAGUGGAGGGAACAGCAGAAGGCGAAGUGCCCAUGGUAUCAACGCCAGCGGGUCCCAUGCCGGGCAUUUUAAUACUCCGCCAGAACAAAAAACCUGCGAAAAAGAGAGAUCAAGUUGUGGUUGUCAAAGCCAACGUGGAGACCAAGGAGGAGGAGGCCCAUAAGGAGGCAGCUGAUGCAGCUGAGGAGAACAGCAGCACCAAUGGCAACUCUGGCGACAACAGCAGCAGCAGCGAUUCCCAGGCCACCGAGGUGGCCAGUGAGAGUGCGCUGAAUACCUCAACCGGCAGCAAUACAAGCGGUGUCAGCAGCAACAGCAGCAAUGUGUGUGGCAACGCAGAACCCAGCAACAGCAACCACGCUGACAACCACACCGGCAACGGCAGCAGCAACACCGAAAGCAGCAGCAGCAGUGCGAGCAACUCACAAAGUGCUGGAGUCCACAUGAAAGAGCAACUACUAUAUCUUAGUAAAUUGUUGGACUUUGAGGUCCACUUCUCGGACUAUCCCAAGGGCAACCACAAGGAGUUCCUGACCAUUGUGACGCUCUCCACGAAUCCCCCGCAGAUCUGCCAUGGCGUUGGCAAGAGCUCCGAGGAGUCGCAGAACGAUGCGGCUAGCAAUGCAUUGAAAAUCCUCAGCAAACUGGGGCUCAACAAUGCCAUGAAAUAGGCAUGAAACCGUUAAUAAAUUCCUUAGAAAGCCCCUAUUAACUGCAAUUUUUGUUGUUGCACAUAUGCAAGAUAAAAAAACAAUUAAAAUACCCGUCCACAAAGCCAACCUAAACAAAAUCCAAAAGCCAAGCUGUGUGCAAAUUCAAAAAAAGAAGCAAAAAAAGAGAAAUGUAAGAGAAGCAAUGCAAAAACAGUACUUUUUGAAAUAGCAAA